GCCAUGAAGAGCAACUGCAUGGUGAAGUCGAGGUUCUCAGGGAUCGUAAGCUUGUCAUGUACAGGACUCCGCCUAAUGGGAUCCAACGAGGACUGCCUCCCGAAGCUGAACCGUUGGUUGUUCCUCCGUGGGUCCAGCGACGUCUGCCGCGUGAACUGGCGGCUUAAGGUCCGCAUGAUCGACCCAGUGGAGAACUGCCGGGAAAUGCCCCGUUUGAGUUGCGCCACUAUAUUUUCCAUUACUGCUUUUCUGUAUUUUCCGAUUGAAGAAGGGGAACAGCUUCUUCACAUCUGGAGAUUGAGAAGAAAAGGGGAAUGUGGGGUUUGGGUUAUUGUGGCUGGACGGAUGGAGAGCGCAGAGCAAAGGAGUCAGAGCUCGAAGUCUCGAUAUGGAGCUAGGGAGAGAUGAAAUAGAGGAGGAAAAGGGAGGAGGGAGAAGAAAGGAGGAGAAUGUGAGAUCCGAACGAAGCGCAUGGAACAAUAUAUUUUUCCAAGAGAA